AAAACUUGAAAGGAAAACAUCUGAACCGAAAAUUCACUGCCCUCUCUCCCUCUCUAGGCACGGACAUGGAGAAGCCGUUGUUCUAUGGCGGUCUGAGGAGCCAGAGAUCAUCAUGGGCGGUGCCUCUUCUGGUUCUAACUUUCCUGGCGGUUUUGUGGACGCACAUGAAGGGGAUAUCCCGUUCCCGACGUGGGAAUCCGGCGGUUUGCCGGAUGGUGGCCGGGAGAGGACGUGCGCCGGAUUCUUCGACCGGAGUUGGGGAGAAGGAAGGCAGGGGAGAAGGAUCGAGGUGGUGUCCGUAUCCGAUUUCGGAGGGGUGGGAGAUGGAAAGACGUCGAACACGGAGGCGUUUCGGAAGGCCAUCGAGUACCUGAGGCCGUUCGGAGAGAAGGGCGGGUCGCAGUUGAACGUCCCGAGAGGGAGGUGGCUCACCGGAUCUUUCAAUCUCACCAGCAACUUCACUCUCUUUUUGGAGGAGGGUGCAACCAUCUUGGGCUCUCAGGAAGUGGGGGAAUGGCCGAUCGUGAAGCCGCUGCCUUCGUAUGGGCGCGGCAGAGAGAGGUUGGGAGGAAGGCACAUCAGCCUCAUUCAUGGUGCUAGUCUUAUAAAUGUAGUUAUCACUGGGGAGAAUGGAACAAUUGAUGGUCAGGGAUUAAUGUGGUGGGACCUGUGGUACAACAGGACGUUGGAGCACACAAGGGGACACCUCAUAGAGUUCAUCAACUCUCACAACAUACUCAUCUCCAACAUUACUCUUCUCAACUCUCCAUUUUGGACUGUCCACCCUGUUUAUUGCAGCAAUGUGGUUGUCAAAGGUGUAACUAUUCUGGCUCCACUUCACUCCCCAAACACAGAUGGUAUAGACCCAGAUUCAAGCACUCAUGUGUGCAUAGAAGACUGUUACAUUGAGAGUGGAGAUGACCUGGUGGCUGUGAAGAGUGGCUGGGACCAGUAUGGCAUGGCCAUGGCCCGGCCGAGCACCGACAUUGUGGUCCGGCGGGUAUCCGGCACAACGCCGACAUGCUCCGGUGUUGGUAUAGGAAGUGAAAUGUCAGGCGGCAUCUCGCAAGUGCAGGUAGAGGAUAUGCAUGUCUGGAAUUCAGCGGCCGGCAUCCGGCUGAAGACUGACAAGGGUAGGGGAGGAUACAUUGCAAAUGUGACCUUCACAAACAUAACAAUGGAGAAUGUGAAGGUGCCCAUAAGGUUCAGCAGUGGCUCUAAUGACCACCCAGAUGAGGGGUGGGACCCCAAGGCACUGCCUACAGUGAGAGGGAUUGUGAUAAAGAAUGUUAAGGGCUCUGGUGUGGGGAGGGCGCCACUCCUGGAGGGGCUUGAGGGGGCCAUCUUUGAAGAUAUAUGCAUAGCUAAUGUCAGUCUCCAAGGCAUGGCACCAGGCAAGAUGUCAUGGCAAUGUGAUUUUGUUACUGGCUGGUCCAGUGAUGUUCUACCAGCGCCAUGCCCAAAACUUCAAUCAAACAGCUCUUUACCCUGGUGCACGCGUAUCGUUCAAGGAGCGACAGAUCUCUGGGAUACGUGAAACAUCAACGAUGAGAUUUUUACGUUGUCAUUUGAAUGUUUAUCACUCAAUCGACUAACAGCAAUGCACAGGCCAUAAAGCAGAGUAGAGAGGUUCACACCUUUCAAGAUUCUGAGGCUCUCACGGCUACCAAUUUGCAGACACUGAAGUUCUUUUUGAGUCAUUUCUCUGGGAAUUCACAGAUAUGCAUUCAUCAGCAAUGGGUUCAGUCGUCGGAUGAUGAAAAAAGAACUCAAGUGCUCUUAGUAUGGGGCUUGGCAUGUUCAUGCCCAUGCUAGUAUAUUAUGUUUAGUUCAUGCGAGGCUUGUUUUGUGUGACUGCUGUAAAGGGGGAGAACCAAAUCAGUUGUUUCAAGCUCUAAGAGCCCCAGAUCUUGUACUAUAGAAACCAAGGAAGGGAUCGGUUUCACAAUUUUGGCAAACUUAGAUGAGGAAUGGUCCCCCUUCUUUCUUUUUUUUUGAGUAAUGAAUUUGGCUGUUGAUUUGUCCUGUAAUGUAGCAUACCCUCCAGCACGAGUUGGGUAUAUCGCUUAUUUGCAAAUGCCAUGAAAUGAAUGGAGUACGAAGAGUUGAAACAGUCUUUGACACAUUAAGAUUAGUUAGCAUGAGUUUCAAAUCUCUCUCUCUCUCUCUCUCUCUCUCUCUCCCAUGUCCAAAUUGAAGUAGAUAUUUGCAGCAGCAUGCUUUCAGAAUCAAGAAGAAGCCCAGGGUUUCUGGAUCCUUCUGAUGCUAGACUUCUGAACUCGAUGAUCUUCACUU